AUGGAGCCGAGCAGCAUCUCCAACAGCUCACAGAAUACAACCAUCUCUGUCCCGCGUCACCUCGGCUGCUCGACCCUCGAUGUACCCCAUUUCCACGGGAACAGGGACGGGCAGUGUGCCGGUUCCUCCAAGGUCUUAUUUGCGUGCAAAAACGCCUCGCAACACUUGAGCUCAUCUGGAAUUAAAGCAGGUGUGGGGCUACUUAAAGUGGCCACCUCACAGUGGAAACAAGAGAAGAAGACGCGCUCAGGGGCAGCUAUCAGGCAAGUGUCCUCACCCUCCAGCAGCUAUCCCUGCAAGAAGUCCCCGCUAGAUCAGCUGGCAGCUCUGGUGCUCCAUGGUCAAACUCGGCUCCGACAACUUGGCCAGGAGCAGCGCCAAGACUCCUUGUGCUCCACCAAACCACAAAACUGUAAGCGCAUUGUGGUUCUUGGUGCGCCACGGGUCGGAAAGACCUCCAUCCUACGAAGGUACCUUCGGGACGGAUUUGUGGAGGAGUACAAGCCCACUUCCGAGGAUUUCCUUAGGAAACUGUUUCGUAUCCGCGGGGAGACCUACCAAAUAGACAUCCUGGACGCAUCAGGGGAAAGAAGCUUCCCAGCCAAGCGGCGGUUAUCCAUCCUUACCGGUGAUAUUUUCCUGCUUGUAUUCAGUUUGGACGACCGGCACUCCUUUGAGGAGGUAUGCGCCCUGCGAGCGGAGAUUCUGGCGGCUAAAACCAAGCUCAUCAAAUCCUCUGUGUCAGACCAGUGCGCAAAGCCACAGGUUCCUUUAGUGGUCUGCGCCAACAAGGUGGAUCUCCCCCCGUCGGAAACAGAAAUAUCUCGGGCAGAGGUGCUCCAGGCCCUCGGUGAGGACUGCGCCUACUUUGAAACGUCCGCAAAGGACAGCACUAACCUGGAGAAACUUUUCGAGACUUUGGCAAAGCGAGGGGGGCUACCCACUGAAACUGGCCCGUCUCAGCACCGCAAGGUCUCCAUCCGUUCAUACCAGGCAAUGCGGACAGGCCGUGUGACAGGGAAGGGGAGUCAGACGCCGGGCUGUGAUGAUCCCUGCGGCGCCUUGUAUCCCCUGGCCCGUCGGCCGAGUUUCAGCACGGAUCUCCGUCAAGUCAUGGGGCCUAACGCGGCACGAAAGCCCGGUAAACGACUGGAAAAAUGUCAGAUUCAGUGAGAGACAACACGACAAACCGAACUGUUAAAGAGCUGAUAAAACAACACAUAGGCUAAAGUAUGCAUAUUAAACACAAAUGCAUUGUGAUUGUGUAGUGCGCAUGGAAUGAUGAUUUUAAAAUAAAAUAAAAUAAAAAAUUUUUUCAUACCA